GUCAUUUCCAGUGAUUAACUACUUAAUUCUCACAUGAAACUGUUUAUUAUUAUUAUCAAGAUAUCUACUGUUUUCUUAUAUUAACUAAUCAUAAAUAUAUGUUUGGAUAUUAUUGAAUUCUAGACAGUAAUGUCGUCGUCUAAUUUAGAAGCACCUCCAUUAAUGCGAAAAUUAUUAAUUGGACAAUUAUUUCAUAAUACUGAUAAAUUGCCAAUAUAUAAUUCAAUUCGACAAAUUUGGGAAAUGGAUCUCCUUGACAACAACAUCACUACCACCAAUAAUACUAAUAAUAGUGUUCUGAAGAAAUUAUCAUGGUGUAUGCUUUGGUUACAAGGUAGAAUCAUUAAAAAUUAUCAAUCACCUAAUAAUAAUAAUAAUAAUAAUAAUAAUAAUAAUAAUAAUAAUAAUUUCAUAUUAGAUGAUGGUACAGGUGAAUUAUUAAUUAUUUAUGAUUUAGACAAAAACCAACCAGUCAAUUAUAAAGUAAAUAUUGGAGAUUAUGUUGCUGUAAUUGGUAAAUUAGUUCAACCUAAUAAAGAUAAUGAUAAUAAUGAUUAUGAUGAUAAAAAGGAAUGUCUAAAUGGUUGGCAUAUUCUAGCUAAAAGUGUUACACAUUUAACUGAUCAUAUUAUACAACAGGAUAAUGGUGAAUUAUUAUAUACAUCAUCAUCGUCAUCAUCACAAAAGAUCAUGUCGAAUUCAGCAUUUUAUGAAUUAUCUUGGCCUUUAGAAGUUAUAGAUAUGACAUAUUCUGUAUAAAAUUGAAAAUGUUUUGUAAAUACUAUUUUUUUUAUAAUGUAAAAUAAAAAUGUUCACAUUGACGAAUUUGUUUUAUACUUGUUAUUUAGUUUUCUGUUCAAGUAUUCAAAAGUUUGAAGUGAUUCAUAUUUCCUUACAGUUUAUUUUAGAUUGUUCAAUAAUUUAAUAGUCGAAUUCAUGAGUCAAUUGAAGAUAAACCUGGAAGUACUGGACAGCUGUUUCAUCCUAGUACAGGACUCCUCAGCAGUGCUCGUCCACGAUCCCACUCGCGGGAUUUGAACCUAGGACUUAUUGAUCUCGCGUACGAGCGCUUAACCUCUAGACCACUGAAGUGACCGGCAUUGUGCGGCGUUAAUGUCUAACUUCAAUCAAUCCCUUUUCAACAAUUACUGUUCAGUGAUUACGUAGGGUCUUAUAAAG